AUAAGGAAGUGGUUAAUGAGCGCUAGUGCGGCGGAGGGAUACACACAGGCAAUCCCCAUUCUGGUCACGGCCAAUAUACACACUCCUUACCCGCUAGUGGAACUCCAUCUAAGGAACGAGCACUCUCUUAGUCUGCCUCUACAGACCAACAAGCACACAACACCGCCCGACAUGGCUGACCAACUAACAGAGGAGCAGAUUGCAGAGUUCAAGGAGGCUUUCUCCUUAUUUGACAAGGAUGGCGAUGGCACCAUCACCACCAAAGAGCUUGGCACCGUCAUGAGGUCGUUGGGCCAGAACCCCACAGAGGCUGAACUGCAGGACAUGAUCAAUGAGGUGGAUGCUGACGGAAAUGGAACCAUCGACUUCCCAGAGUUUUUGACCAUGAUGGCCAGGAAAAUGAAGGACACUGACAGCGAGGAGGAGAUUCGUGAGGCUUUCAGGGUAUUUUACAAGGACGGAAAUGGCUACAUCAGCGCUGCAGAGCUCCGUCACGUCAUGACGAACCUGGGAGAGAAGCUAACAGAUGAGGAGGUGGACGAGAUGAUCAGAGAAGCAGACAUCGAUGGAGACGGACAAGUCAACUAUGAAGAGUUUGUACAGAUGAUGACUGCAAAGUGAAGCUUGUCCGCCCCAUCCUGUCCCCUCUUAGGAGAAAAAAAACACAAAAAAGGAUAAAAAAAAAAAAGUCAAAAUGUUUUACUUACCUCUUAAAAAAAUGUUCAUUUAUUCAUACUGUUUCUGUAUAGAAAAUAAUUGAAUGUUGAAUUAAUCUAUCCUUCUGUCCAUACAGGAAAAAAAAAAUAUUAAAAAUAUACAAAAAA